AUGGAGAGCGAGGACCGGUGGUGGGAGGGCGGGCGCGCGCACGUGAUGUGCCACGAUCGGGAGUGCACGCGGAGCAAGUGGGCUGGAUACGUGCCGGAUGUUGCGGGGACGGGCGGCGCGGGGAGCGGCGCGUGGGUGCCUGGGAUUGGGUCGGGCGGGCCGACGGAGGCCGUGCGACUGGGAAUGGGCGACAGACAGGUGCGAUGUGAGAGGGGUGCGGGGGAGGGGCGGAGGGUCAGGUGUGCUACUGGGGGAAAAACCGUGCGGGGGGGGGGGGAAGAAAGGGACCGGGCAAGGGGGUUGAGGGGGAAAUGGCGGGUGCGAGUGAAUGGGGAAGGAAAAUUUCGCCUCAAGAGGCGCCUCAAAAGCAGUGCUGCAGGCGUGACUCUCAAAUUUGCUCCCUCCCCUCCCUCUCCUCCCUCUCCACUCUCUCCUCCCUCUCCUCCCCGCCACCCGCCUCAGGCCAUGCUGAAUGCGUCUCUGGGCGUUGUGACAUCCACAGCAGCAGCCGCCGCUGGUGCAGGCGUGACGGUGACUGUGUCUUACAGCAUUCUUACUUUUUCCAUAGCUGCGGUUACAGGCAGCAGCACCGCGGCCGGCUCAUUAGGUGACAGCACAGGCUCAACAGUUGCGCAGAGAAAGCAGUUACCCCAACCCGUUACACCUGCCCGAUGGUUCUUAACCGGCCCUGAUGCCCGCGCUGCCGCCGCUGCUGCUGCUGCCACUGGCAGUUCGAGCGCAGCUUCUGCGUCUGCCAUGUCAGCUUCCAAGUCAGCUGCCACAUCAGCUUCGAAAUCAGCGUCCACGUCAGCAGCAACGUCAAAGUUUGCGGCAGCAGCGACAGGGACAGCAGCAGGGGGUGCGGUGAAUGGCGGUGUGCCGUCUGGCACGCCGCAGUGCCAGGAGGGGCCGUAUCCGUACCUACUCUAUAUCGGCGGUGGUGAACGCCACGGUGGACAUUCAGGAAGAGCCGUCCCCGAAUGGCACCGCCAUGCAGCCCGUGGCCGUUUUCAACUACGACGCCUUCUUUCUCCAACUUCCCGACACCUCCCCCACCCCCCCUCCUCGCACCCCUCCUCCUCGCACUCCUCCUCCUCGCACUCCUCCCCCCUCUUCUCCCUCUCUCCCUCCUCCCUCUCCUUCCUCUCCCUCACCACCAACUAA